AUGCCGGGCACGGGCGGGGAGAUGUCGGUCAUCCCCUGCCCGGUCCUUGCUGCAGGCUACCAGCACAUCCGCAUGUACGACCUCAACUCCAACAACCCCAACCCCGUCAUUAACUACGACGGCGUGAGCAAGAACAUCACCUCCGUGGGCUUCCACGAGGACGGGCGGUGGAUGUACACGGGCGGGGAGGACUGCAUGGCCAGGAUCUGGGACCUGAGGUCUCGUAACCUCCAGUGUCAGCGGAUUUUCCAGGUGAACGCUCCUAUUAACUGCGUCUGCCUGCACCCCAACCAGGCAGAGCUAAUUGUGGGGGAUCAGAGCGGUGCCAUUCACAUCUGGGACCUGAAGACAGACCACAAUGAGCAGCUGAUUCCAGAGCCCGAAGUUUCCGUGAAUUCGGUUCACAUUGACCCCGAUGCCAGUUACAUGGCGGCUGUCAACAGCUCGGGAAAUUGCUACGUGUGGAACCUAACGGGCGGCAUCGGAGAGGAGGUGACCCAGCUGAUCCCCAAGACCAAGAUCCCAGCGCACAACCGCUACGCCCUCCAGUGCAAGUUCAGCCCCGACUCCACGCUCUUGGCUACAUGCUCUGCAGAUCAGACGUGUAAGAUCUGGAGGACUUCAAACUUCUCUCUGAUGACAGAGCUGAGCAUCAAGAGCAAUAACCCAGGGGAAACGUCUCGGGGCUGGAUGUGGGACUGCGCGUUCUCCGGGGACUCCCAGUACAUCGUCACAGCCUCCUCUGAUAACCUGGCCAGACUUUGGUGUGUGGAGACAGGAGAGAUCAAGAGGGAAUACAGCGGCCACCAGAAAGCAGUCGUCUGCCUUGCUUUCAACGACAGCGUGUUGGGAUAAUGGUCACGUGUGGGAAGGAAAGGACCUCUGCUUGUUUUCCUUCCUCUUACAGUGGCAAGCACCCUCUCUGGAGCCCGAGACAUGCACUUGUAACCGUCCCCUGCACUGAUGGGGAGGGCUCGGUCUCUGGCAGAAGCAGCUGCGUUUGCCUGGAGUGAGACCAGGCUUCAGCUCCAAGCAGAUCAUUACCGAAACGUGUGCGGCCUCUAAGGGAGGCCGCUUGGACGAAAGGGAAUGGGCGAGGGAGGCACGAUCCCACUGAGGGGAGCUGGGUACGGUUCAGCUGGAGGAAUCCCUGUGGCAUCAGCUGCUGACAGCUUUGUGAUGUUCUUGUACCCCACAGUGGAAGAAAAAAAAAAAAAAAAUCAGCUUUUCUAAAUGAUGGAAGAGGCUGAGCAAAGAGCGGAAAGGCAGCUGCUUCCUUGUUUUGCAAUCCCUUUAUUCAAAGUGUAUUUCACAGACUUACUUGGAGAGCUGCGCUCUUAUAAAGCCAACCACCCCCAACAAAUUUAAUAACCUUGUGUUGAGCAGGGCAUGUAGCCGUAAAACACUAGCUACUCCACGUGAUUCCUCUAGGCCUGGAUCUCCUAAUACCUACGUACACGAUGCAGCCCUGGAGCACAGCUGCAAAUAAAGUGUCUGCACUGAC